CAUUGGACUGUGAUGGAGCUGAAAUUUAUUGAUUUUAAGUCAAUGUCCAUGUGUAAAUCAGUUGGUAUGGAGGGGUUGAUGAAAUUUUCUUGAUUCAAAGCUCAUGUUUGGUGUUAAUGUGGCUCCAAGUUUCUGUUCUCACAGAGGGCUGUUAACAAAGGCUUCUUAUUCAAGCACUUCUUAUGAUGUUACAAGAUCAGUCAGCAAGAAGAAUUUCUUAGAGGACACUUUCUCUUAUAAGAUAAACGGUACAAACCAUACAAGUUUGUAUUUUAGAGAUAAAUGGUUGCUUGAUGCCUCUGACGAUGAAUAUGGAGGAGUACUCGUCAAUGCAGAUAGACUACCAUCUGAUCCCGACAAAUUUACCUUUGUGCUUCGUGCAUCUCUCUCUCAUUGGAAAGUGAAGGGGAAGAAGGGAGUUUGGCUUAAGCUACCAUUGGAAAAAUGUGAUCUAGUUCCUGUUGCAGUAAAGGAAGGAUUUCAAUACCAUCAUGCAGAAAGAGGAUAUGUUAUGAUGACUUACUGGAUUCCGGAGGAACCCUGUAUGCUUCCUUCGAAUGCAUCACAUCAAGUUGGAGUUGGGGGUUUUGUGAUCAACGAUAAAAAUGAGGUGCUUGUCGUGCAAGAGAAACAUUUUACGCCGGCUCUUUCAGGCUUAUGGAAAAUACCAACUGGUUUUAUUCAUGAGUCCGAGGAGCUCUUUACAGGAAUUGUGAGAGAAGUGCAGGAGGAAACUGGCAUUGAUACUGAAUUUGUGGAGGUUAUGGCUUUCAGGCAUGUUCACGAUGUGGCCUUUCAAAAGUCAGAUUUGUUCUUCGUCUGCCUGUUAAGACCCCUGUCAAAACAGAUCAUGGUUGAUGAUCUAGAAAUUCAGGAUGCUAAGUGGAUGCCUCUAGUUGAGUUUGUGGAGCAACCUCUAAUCCAAGAAGACGACAUGUUCAAGAAAAUAAUUGACAUUUUCAUCGCUAGACUAGGGAAGCGGUACUGCGGAUUGUCUGUCCAUCAACUAAUUUCCAAAUUUGAUGACAAACUUUCUACAUUGUACUUUAACACAGUUGAUGAUCCAAAUAUGAACUGUCAAGCCAGUUAGCAUCACAAUCUGUAUUGCCUUGUGUAU